UAUAAUUGACAUUUGAUCUUCAUGUAGUGAGUCUGUCUUGGUGUAAAAACAGCAUUAAGAGACGGCUGGUUCGCAUAUCGGACAAGCCGAAGGGGCCAUGGACGGAAAGACGGGGGAGAAGCUGGCGCUCAAGCGGGAGGUGGGCCUGCUGGGCGCGGUGGCACUGAUCGCGGGCACCAUGAUCGGCUCCGGCAUCUUCAUCUCGCCGCAGUUCGUGCUGCGCGACGUGGGGAGCCCGGGGGCCAGCUUGCUGAUCUGGCUGUUCUGCGGCCUGGUGGCCAUGAUGGGGGCCCUGUGCUUCGCUGAGCUGGGGACCCUCUUCAGGGAGUCCGGGGGGGAGUUCAUCUACGUGCUGCGCAUCUACGGCAAGCCGCCUGCCUUCCUGGUGGCCUUCACCUUCACGUUGGUUGUCAAGCCCUCGGGGAUGGCGGCGACGGCCCUGAGCUUCGCGCAGUACAUCCUGGGCCCCUUCUACUCAGACUGCCCCCCCCCAGAAGUGGUGGUGAAGUGCACGGCCAUGACGUGCCUUCUACUGGUGGCCACCAUCAACGUGCUUAGCGUCCGCCUCAGCCUGUCCAUCCAGGUUCUCUUCCUGGCAGCAAAGAUGACGGCCCUCUUCAUCAUCCUCGUUGGGGGGAUGGUAAUUCUGGCCCAGGGCCACAUUGGAAGCUUCCAGAAUGCUUUUGGGGGAACCCGGCUGGAGGUGAACCUCAUAGGAAUCGCUCUCUACCAAGGCCUCUGGUGCUAUGCGGGCUGGUACAACCUGAAUUACGUGAUCGAGGAGCUGAAGCAACCUGAGGUGAACCUCCCCAGAGCAGUCAUGAUCGCUAUACCCAUGGUCACCGUGCUCUACCUGCUGGUGAAUGUGAGCUACCUGGCGGCCAUGACCCCGCAGGAGCUCAUGUCCUCCAGCGCUGUGGCUGUCACCUGGGGGAACAAGGUUCUGGGCAGCUGGGGUGUGGUGAUGUCCGUGGCGGCCGCUCUGUCUGCCUUCGGGUCCCUGAACGGCACCUUCUUCAGCGGAGGCCGUGUGUGCUUUGUGGCAGCUCGGGAGGGGCACAUGCCUGAUAUCCUGGCUAUGGCACAUGUCCGUAGACUCACCCCUUCACCAGCCCUCAUCUUCACCACCACCAUCGCACUGCUGGUGCUGAUUCCCGGGGACUUCCAGAGCAUCAUCAACUUCUUCAGCUUCACAGCCUGGUUCUUCUACGGGAUCACUGUGUCUGGCCUGCUCUACCUCAAAGUCAAGAAACCCGAGCUGCCCAGGCCAUACAAGGUGCCCAUCGCCAUUCCCAUCCUGGUCCUCAUUGCCGCAAUCUUCUUGGUGCUGGCACCCGUUAUUGACGACCCGCAGAUCGAAUACCUGUACGUCACCCUCUUCAUCCUCAGCGGCAUCAUCAUCUAUGUGCCCUUCAUCCACUACAAGCUGUGCCCAGGACUGCUGGACCGGCUCACAAUGCUCCUUCAGCUCAUCCUCGAGGUUGCACCAGCAGACAAAAACCUGUAAUGAGCCAGCAGACAAAAACCUGUAAUGAGCCAGCAGACAAAAACCUGUAAUGAGCCAGCAGACAAAAAUCUAUAUAUAGCCAGCAGACAAAAACUUGUAAUGAGCCAGCAGACAAAAACCUGUAAUGAGCCAGCAGACAAAAAUCUAUAUAUAGCCAGCAGACAAAAACUUGUAAUGAGCCAGCAGACAAAAAUCUAUAUAUAGCCAGCUGACAAAAACCUGUAAUGAGCCAGCAGACAAAAAUCUAUAUAUAGCCAGCAGACAAAAACUUGUAAUGAGCCAGCAGACAAAAACCUGACAGAGACUGAAAGUAGAGGCUGCUAACACAUAAAGCAUCAAAUUUGCCAUUUUAAUGUUAUAGAACAACGUUCUGAAAUAAUUUAGUGCAUAAAAUUUCCUAGUGAAUCUGCUCAGUAACUAGUUACCACACCAUCAUUACAUAAUUUUCCCUGACCAUUCAUAAUGUUUUUCUCAUGUCUAUCAUUGCCAAAAUCUCUUUGAAAAUGAAAUGUUCCUGCUAAUUA